GGACAGGUCGCCUUCCGGGAUGUGGUCGGUCCUUUGUCUCUCGCUGCAGCCGGAGGGAGCAUUGACAUUUAGGGAUGUGGCCAUAGAAUUCUCUCUGGAGGAGUGGCAAUGCCUGGACUCUACACAGCAGAAUUUAUAUAGGAAUGUGAUGUUAGAGAACUACAGAAACCUGGUCUUCCUGGUUUUCCACAGUGAGAGUACCUGCCUGCAGAAACCAUGGGUUAUGCGCAAUAACCUCCUGAAGAAGCUUAAUGUUUGUGAAUUAACUUGAGCUCCAGACUGUUUCAACAGAACUUUAAGCAACUGCACAUAACGUUUUUCUUCAACAGACAUGUUAUAAUUUAGUAUUUUGGGAUAAAUGUAUUAGAA